CAACGUCCAACAAAGUGUGCUAGGCUCCAAAAUGGAUCUGAAAGAGUUGGCUGUGAACGCGUUGGCCCAGAAUAAGAAAGCGUCUCUUCUGGUCGGCGCAGCCGGAGCUGCUCUUCUGGGAUUUGGACUCGGAUAUAAAUACAUGCGGAAGCCAGAAAAAGCCGUUCGUGUGGGCGUAGUGUCGCAGAUCCUCAUCUACCCUCUCAAGUCGGGCAAAGCGGUGCCUGUGAGUGUUGCAGAAUGCCAGAGAUUGGGCCUAAAAGCUGGAGAGCUGCAGGAUCGACACUGGCUGGUGGUGACGGAGGAGGGCAACAUGGUGACUGCCAGACAACAGCCCCGUCUGGUCCUGGUGUCUCUGUCCUGUAAGGGGGGUUAUACUUAUUUGAAUGGACCAGACAUGGAGGAGCUGAAGUUUCCAGUUCAACAGCCUGAUAACCAGAUCCACAACUGCAGAGUUUUUAGUAAGGAUAUUCAGGGCAGGGACUGUGGCGACGAGGCGUCUCACUGGCUCACCAGUUACCUUGGGGGGGAGAAGACUUAUCGUUUGGUUCAUUUUGAGCCUAAAAUGAAGCCCAGGAAGUUAUCUGCGGUUGAGACGCUUUCCCUUCAGUUCGAGGUGGCGUACCCAGAUUAUGGACCUGUGAUGCUGCUGUCCGAAGCAUCUGUUGGGGAUCUCAGCAGCAAAUUGGAUCAGAAGGUCACCACAGAGCGCUUUCGCCCAAACCUAGUGAUAGGUGACUGCAAACCAUUUGAUGAGGAUUCUUGGGAAGAGAUCCAGAUUGGCAGCGUGAGGCUGCAGCGUGUAAUGUCAUGUGGAAGGUGCCUUUUGACCACAGUUGACCCAGAGACAGGUGUGAUGAGCAGAAAAGAGCCACUUGAAACACUGAAAAGCUACCGAAUGUGCAAACCAUCAGAGACACACAUCUACCAAAAAAGCCCAUUGUUCGGACAGCUGCACAAUGUCAAGAAGACAGGGGUCAUCCAUGUUGGCGACGAAGUCUACAAGAUCACCCAUUAAAUGAAGAAACAUAACAGGAUGGGAUUUGAAGAGCAUCAGCACAUGUAGUCCUGGAAGAAGUAGAGCUUAAUUCAAGUUUUGAAGCUCAGAGAUCAUUAAAAUGUGUAAUCAUGUUGAUUUUGUAAGCAAAAUACUCUAAAACAAUAAAAAUAGUUCCUAACUUUUGCACCUUACAUCUACU